AUGGGGAAGAUCGUAGAGCAAGUUCUCAUGGAAGUUGUUUAUGAGAACAGGAAGGAGAAGAUGGGGUCUAUCCUGUUAAAUGUAUUUGUCAGUGACCUGGAGGAGGAGAUGGAGUGCAUUGUCUUCAAAUCUGCAGAUGACGCCAAACUAGGGAGUGCAAUCGAUAUGCUUGAGCACAGAUCUGCCAUACAGAUCGACCUAGACAGGAAUCAAGGGAAGUGUGUAGAGGGCAUGGUGGAAAUCUUUGACAUGCUGCUGGCUACUGCUGCUCGGUUUCGCAUGAUGAACCUUCAAGGGGAGGAGUUUGUGUGCCUUAAGUCCAUCAUCCUGCUCAAUUCUGGUGUGUACACUUUUCUUUCCAGCACCUUGAAAUCUCUGGAAGAGAGAGACUAUAUUCACCGUGUUCUGGACAAAAUCACAGACACUCUGAUACACUUAAUGGCUAAGUCGGGUCUUUCUCUGCAGCAGCAACACAGACGACUGGCUCAGCUCCUCCUCAUCCUCUCUCACAUCAGACACAUGAGCAACAAAGGAAUGGAGCACCUGUACAACAUGAAGUGUAAAAACGUAGUUCCACUCUACGACCUUCUGCUGGAGAUGCUGGACGCUCACCGACUGCAUGCCCCAGCAGCCAGGAGUGCUGCACCGAUGGAGGAGGAGAACCGGAGCCAGCUGACAACUGCAACAGCUUCAUCUCAUUCCUUGCAGUCUUUUUACAUAAACAGCAAAGAAGAGGAGACCAUGCAGAAUACCAUAUAG